AUGAUCUUCACCGCCCUCAGCACCCUCCUGCGCCUCUGGCGCAACGCGCACGACGCCGACGCCGACAGCGACGCGGAGAGCGUCGACGUCGAUUGGGUGGCCCGCACGGGCACCACCCCCGUAAUCGUGACCGUAACCCCACCCACGCCCACACACCCACGCCCCCGCCCCUACACUGCGGACGCGGCCUUUCAAGACGCGUACGGGCGCGACUCCCUAUGGCUCCCACGCACCCCGCGCCCGCCGCCGUACGCUGGACGCGCGCGCUACUCGUGGCCGCCUCCCUACCCCGGCCAAUCACGCUACGCCGAUCUCCCUCCCUCAUACACGGCGGAUCCCGAACGCGCGUUCCCCAAGCCCCCCUCCCCUGCAGCCUUCCCCGCCGGCGCUAUUCCGUCGUCCUCGACGGCCCCUCCCUUCCCCAUCACCUCCUCGGAAGCAGACGCGACACAAACACCGGCGACCCUAUGUCGAAUCAUAUUCAACCUCGGCUGGAUAUGUCCACUAGUCUGGCUCCUCGCCAUCCCCUUCCUCCUCGUCCCGCAUCUCCCCUUCCCGCUCCCCCAAGCACUCACCCCCUACGGCCCCCUCACGCCCCUGCGCCUCGCUACAGAGCGACACUGGGCCAAGCGCAGCCUCAGCGCCUUCUCGUCGCUCUCCACCCUGGCGGGCAUCGCAGUCGCCGUCUUCUACAUGGCGCACCACCACCCCCACCCCCACGACCCGGCGGGUGCCUCCCUCGCCCUCUGA